GUCCUCCUCCAGCUCCAGCCAGGACGAUGAGAAGUCCACCCUGGAGGAGGUGAGUGAGGGGGCCAUCCCCAUCGACCAACCCCCCCUGGCCCCCUCCACCCCGGGCAGCCAAGGCCCAGAGCUCCCCCUCCAGACCCAGAACCAGCCUGGGACCCAGACCCUCAACAAGUCCAGCUCCUCCCCUGAGCUCCAGGCCCUACCAGAGGCCUUCCCUAAUGCCACAACCGGGCCUGGGGCCGGAGUAGGAGAGGCACCCGAGGUUAGGACACCCUCGGAGGGGAAGAGCCAGCCACAACAGCCCCCGGCGGAGAAGGAGAUGGAGAAGGUGGAGAGUGGAGGAGGAGAGGUGAACGGACAGAGUCAGAGUGGGGAUUCCACCCCAGUGACAGGGGGGUUGUCUGGGGCAUCGGGAGGAGGAGGUUCCUCUUCCUCCCAGGGAGCCAGGAUGAGGCUGGAGUUCCCAGCGCCCCACCAGCCUGGCCCCCUCUCACCCAGCGGAGGGCACCGUCCCAGGGGUCACACCAUCUCAGUGUCGGCCCCCUCCUCCAGGAGAGAGCGGACAGGAGGAGACGUGUACCACACCACCCGGCCCGGACCCACCAACACUGAGAAGACCAGUGGACUCAGUCCCAGGUUAGAUAGACCCAUUCACGCUUAGCAGGCACAAGCACACAAGCACGCAGACACACACAUACAGAGCCUUUCCUAAUGCAAUUAUUUCCUCUCUCUCUCUCUCUCUCUCUCUCUCUCUCUCUCUCUCUCUCUCUCUCUCUCUCUCUCUCUCUCUCUCUCUCUCUCUCUCUCUCUCUCUCUCUCUCCUGUAGUUUUGUAUUCCUUCAGCUCUACCACUCUCCCUUCUUUGGCAACGAGGCCAACAAGCCCCUCCUGCUGCCCAAGUCUCAGGUGAGUGUGUGCUGUAGUGAUUUGUGUGUGUUUAACGGUGUGUGUACUGUAACACGUGUGUGUGUGUAACGGUGUGUGUACUGUAACGUGUGUGUGUUGUCUCUCUCUCUCCUAGCUGAUCGACAGAGCGGUGAAGGUUUUGGACCAGAUGCCUCCGUAUGAUACCCAUAAGAUUGGAGUGGUGUUUGUAGGAGCUGGGCAGGUGAGAGGAGAUACUGUUUUUUCUUUAGUCAUUUCUAGGUCAUUUUUCUUUAAAGGGAUACUGCCAGAUUCUUACCCAGAGUCAGUUGAACGUGUGGAUACCGAGUGGCGCAGCAGUCUAAGGCACUGCAUCGCAGUGCUAGAGGCGUCACUACAGACCUGGGUUCUAUCACAAGCGGCCGUGAUCGGGAGUCCCAUAGGGCGGCGCACAAUUGGCCCAGCGUCGUCCGGGUUAGGGGAGGGUUUGGCCGGGGGGGCUUUACAAGUAGGCUGUCAUUGUAAAUAGAGAAUUUGUUCUUAACUGACUUGCCUAGUUAAAUAAAGGUUAAAUAAAAUAUACAAUUUGUAUGUCUCUGCAUCCAGUAUGAAGUAAGUUAGAGGUAGUUUUGCAAGCCAAUGCUAACUAGUGUUAUCGCAAUUCCUUAAUUCAGAAACUGCUUAAUUGACAGAAUCUCUCAGUAUCCCUUUAAGCCAGGGAUGGGAUACUUUGAUGAACUCAUCAUGAGGGGCCUCAGUGGCUCGCGGGUCUGAUCUCAUCAUGAGGGGCCUCAGUGGCUCUGGGGUCUGAUCUCAUCAUGAGGGGCCCCAGUGGCUCGGGGGUCUGAUCUCAUCAUGAGGGGCCCCAGUGGCUCGGGGGUCUGAUCUCAUCAUGAGGGGCCCCAGUGGCUCGGGGGUCUGAUCUCAUCAUGAGGGGCCUCAGUGGCUCGGGGGUCUGAUCUCAUCAUGAGGGGCCCCAGUGGCUCGGGGGUCUGAUCUCAUCAUGAGGGGCCUCAGUGGCUCGGGGGUCUGAUCUCAUCAUGAGGGGCCCCAGUGGCUCGGGGGUCUGAUCUCAUCAUGAGGGGCCCCAGUGGCUCUGGGGUCUGAUCUCAUCAUGAGGGGCCUCAGUGGCUCGGGGGUCUGAUCUCAUCAUGAGGGGCCUCAGUGGCUCGGGGGUCUGAUCUCAUCAUGAGGGGCCUUAGUGGCUCGGGGGUCUGAUCUCAUCAUGAGGGGCCUCAGUGGCUCUGGGGUCUGAUCUCAUCAUGAGGGGCCCCAGUGGCUCGGGGGUCUGACCUCAUCAUGAGGGGCCUCGGGGGUCUACGUACCACAUCCAUGCCACACAUGCAGUCAGAGCCGGCUCUAGCUGUUUGGGGGCCCUAAGCAAAGUUUUGUUGGGGGGCCCCGCCAUCUUUGCGAGCAAAACAUUUUAGCGUCACCCCUCUUGACAGCGAGAGAAAAAAAUUACAUUUCCUGCAAUUCUACACACUUUGCCACGGGGUGUAGAGAAGAUUUAGCAAUUUUGUGACCAAUUUCCUGCAAUUCACAUUGCCACAGGGUGGAGAGAAAUGUUUGUGUGACUAACUAAAUCAAUGGGGGCCAAUUGGUCGGUAAUUCGACCAUGAUUACUACAAGUUUAGACAGCUGGCCACUAGACUAACUUACCAUUCUAAAAAGGUUUAGCUGACAUUAGGCUAACAAGAGCAAAACUGCCGGUGCACAACCACAUUUGGAAAUUCCACCUUGUAUAUUCUACUAUUCUAACUCUCAACAGUAAGUUGAGACCCCGACUGAGUUCCCCAAAAAAUUAUUUCAGUUUACAUUUUGGGGGGGGGGGGUGCAAUAUGGAAUGUCCACUCAAAUCAAAUCAAAUUGUAUUUGCCACAUGCGCUGAAUACAACAGGUGUAGACAAUACAGUGAAAUGUUUACUUACAAGCCCUUACCCAACAAUGCAGUAAUAAAAAAAAGCUAAUAAACAUGUCUGCAAGGACUCUGUAAACCCUGUGUGGACCGGAGUGGACAUUUAGUUUGGAUUGACAACCAAAACAACCUUUAAUGAACAGACUCCCUCUCUCUCUCUCCCCCCCUCCCUCUCUCCCCCCUCCCUCUCCCUCUUCCCUCCCUCCCUCUCCCCCCCCCCUCUCCCUCCCUCUUUCUCCCCCCCUCUCCCCCCUCCCUCUUCCCCUCCUCUCCCUCCCUCUUUCUCCCCCCCCCUCUCCCUCUUUCUCCCUCCCUCCCCCCCUCCCUCUUCCCCCCCUCUCCCUGCCCUCCCUCUUCCCCCCCUCUCCCUCCCUCUUUCUCCCCCCCUCUCCCUCCCUCUUUCUCUACCCCCUCUCCCUCCCUCUUUCUCCCCCCCUCUCCCUUCCUCUUUCUCCCUCUCUCUCCCCUCCCUCUCUCCCCUCCCUCUCUCCCCUCCCUCUCUCCCCUCCCUACCCCAGGUAUUCAACGAGGUGUCCAUCCUGUCCAAUGAGUAUGGUUCUAACCGCUACGCUGGCUUCCUGACAGGCCUGGGGAAGCUCAUCCACCUGAAGGACUGUGAUCCAGACCAGAUCUUCCUGGGGGGUCUAGACCAGUAUGGAGACGACGGGGAGUUCACCUACUGCUGGCACGAUGACAUCAUGCAGGGUGGCUGUGUAUUUCUACUUACAGAUGUUACUUGGUGCCUCAGGGUUCAGGGUUCAGUGUAAAAGCACUGCCCUGAUGCCCAACAGAGAGUGGUUGGUCAGUCUGUCUGUCUGUCUGUCCACUAACUUGCUCCUCCCUCUCCUCAGCCAUCUUCCACAUAGCCACCCUGAUGCCCAACAGAGACAGUGAUAAGGGCUGCUGUAACAAGAAGAGACACAUCGGAAACGACUUUGUUAUGGUGGUUUACAACGACUCAGGAGAGGAGUACAAACUGGGGACCAUCAAGGUACACGUACACACACUCACUCACUCACUCACUCACUCACUCACUCACUCACUCACUCACUCACUCACUCACUCACUCACUCGCAGACAAACACAAACACUUUUGUUCUUUGUGUUCAUUUUGAUUAAAUAAUGAUGUAACUCUUCUAUAUUCUUCUCCUCCUUCCUCCUUCUCUCCUGUGUUCUUCUGUGUCCCAGGGUCAGUUUAACUUUGUUGAGGUGAUCAUCAAGCCUCUGGACUAUGGGAGUAACCUGGUCACCCUGCAGUGCAGGAAAGGUGAGAGGGAGGGAAUGAAUAAAUGGGAUGAAUAACAAGAACUAAUAUAUAUAAUGAAGCAGGGAGCCAAGGGGCAAAAAUAAUUAUAAUGAAGUAUUUGCUGAAGUGAAAUGGACUGAUUCUCCUUCUCUCUCCCUCUCUCUCUCUCUCCCCACAUCUCCCUCCCUCCUCCCUCUCUCUACUUCCUCACCUCUCUCUCCUCCCUCUUUCCCUCUCCCCCUCUCUCUCUCUCCCCCUCUCUCUCUCUCUCUCUCUCCCCCUCUCUCUCUCUCUCUCUCCCCCUCUCUCUCUCAUUCUCUCUCUCGCCAUCAGAUCUGGAGGGUCUAGUUGACACCAGUGUAGCGAAGAUCGUCUCGGACCGAAACCUUCCACUGCUGGUACGACAGAUGGCCCUACACGCUAACGUGAGUCUCUCACACACAGAGUCCGAACUCAUUUCUCUAACUGGACAUUUAAUUAAACAUGCUGAUUUAACACACGCUGUCAUGACUGACUGUCUGUAUGUCUGUCUCUCUCUGUGUGUGUUUCAGAUGGCGUCUCUGGUCCACCAGUACAGAGCCAACCCCUCUGAUGCCUACGCUUCCAAGUGGUUGGCCAGACUAAGACACAUCAAGAGACUCAGGACACGGGUGAGAACACACAGACGCAGACACACACACACAGACACACACACACACAGACACACACACACCUUUUUCUAUUGUAUCUCUGAUUACUUGAUGAGCCUUGAUGAGAGUUACAGCACCUCAAAGAACGAACCUCUGUUUCGGACUGACCAGUCAACAUCAAACCGGGAAAUGUAUUAAAUGCAAAAAAAAAAAAAAACUUCUAUAGGUUAGAUAAACGUAGAUGUUGCUCACGAGCUAAAAACACAUAUGUUUAGAGUACCUGGUGAUUACUGAUUAGAAAACGCAUGUUGUGCAAUCAAUCUUUUCUAUAAAGUUGAUGUUUUGAAGUGAAUUUGAAGGACAUUCUUAACUACCUACAUUCCUGACAUGGUCAUAUCACUGAGCUCCUACUGUGACAUUUUCAGACAAUUUCUCAACUAAAUUCUCCUCCCCUUCUGUCCCUCCCUCCCCCCCUCUGUCCCUCCCUCCCCCCCUCUGUCCCUCCCUCCCCCCCCUCAGGCCCAGGAGGAGAUCCAGUCUCGUCCCACCCCCGGUAUCUCUCUGACCCAGAGCCACUCCUCCCAGACCAAGCAGUCCUCCUACCAGCAGGGCGGCGGUGGAGGCUCCAACACUGACUCCUCCGGACAGAGGAAGAGACUGGUCUCCACCGUGGACGACUUCACCGACUUCGUCUGAGCCUUGAGGGCGCAUUCCGAAUGUCAAAUGUACACACUAGUAUACUACUUCGGGUCAAAUGGCACACUACUCCCUAUACAGUGCACUACUGUUGACCAGAGC